CUCAUACCAGCGCUGUUGUGGCUGAAUAGCGACACCUGCCGUUCAGGAGAAUACUGCAGGGAGUACUCGCGCCCUCAGCUCUGGUAUAAAUGGUACCGACGUCACUGUUUGCGGCCAGUGUAAACGGGUCCAUUACAUUACAGUCUCCGGCAGCAGAGCAGCCCGCCUCCUCUGGAUUGUGGACCAAUGGCUCCGACGCCUCUACAUCUCGUCUGCCUCUCAACCCGCGUUCAGCCCCUCGCAUGACGUAACGCCCAAUCUGAAAGUGCAAUGGCGAUAUUGGACAAUAACAGCCAUCGCGCUUGGGGUCCACAUCUAUAUUAUGUGGCUAAGGUUCAAGAAAACACCUCCAGCCGGCUGCAAAACCACAUAUAAUAUCGGCACAGAGCGCGAGCGUCAACCUGCGACCAGGAAAGGUGAUCUCCCAGCCUCUGCACGCGAUGACAGCUUAGAAUAAAUCGCUGGUGUGACGUGUGAACAGACACCAUGGCCACACAGGAACCGUCCCCCCCUUCGUCCAUGGAGAGCAAUAAGCCCGGCUUCCCCAAGAAGAUCCUGGGCAACAAGCUGGAGGACAAACACCUGUGCAACUGCUGCCACAAUAUCCUCAGACGGCCUUUCCAAGCCCAGUGUGGACAUCGCUUCUGUUCCUACUGCUUUAACAGGACUGUGAGUAAUGGACCUCAGAAAUGCAAUGCUUGCAUCAAAGAGGAUAUUUUUGAGGACCCUACCUCGAUUUUAAAACAAGGAUGCGCUUUUCCAGACAAUGCGGUUCGAAGGGAAGUUGAAAAUCUGCCAGCUGUUUGUAUCAAUGAAAGCUGCACUUGGAAAGGAAGCAUAAAGGAGUACGAGAUGAACCACGAGGGGAAAUGCGAGUUCAUGAUCAUCCCCUGCCCUUCCUGCAAAGAACGAAUCCGCUUCAAUGAACAGGAGCGCCAUAAUGAGCGAGAGUGCCCUGAGAGGACGCUCAACUGCAAGUACUGCAAGGAGCCGUUCCACUUUAAGAAUAUCAAGGUUGGAAAUGAUUUAUUUAGACCAAAGAUGCUCGUCGGGGCCUGUGCGGCAGAUCAGAGCAGCCAUUUGUGUGGCAUUAAAAGAAACGUUGCUGCCUUUUCGUUUUUUUUUUUUCAGGCGCAUGAUGAGAUCUGCCCCAAGUACCCGAUGAUCUGUGAAGGCUGUGCCAAGAAGAAAAUACCCAGAGAAAAGUAUGUGGACCAUAUCAAAUUCUGCAGCAAAUUCAGAACUCCAUGUCGAUUUCAUGUGGUGGGAUGCGAUAUGUCUGUGGAGAAGGAAAAGAUUCAUGACCAUGAGCGCGCAUAUGCCUAUGAGCACCUCAAUCUUCUGCUGCAUUAUAUUAUGGGCAUGAAAGUUAGCAUGGAGGGCCUACAGCCCCAGGGACUGGAAGUAGCCGGACACAAACUGGUGGAACUCCAACAAUCCCUCAAGGAACUCGAGGCCAGAGUCUCCCAGCUCAGCACCACCUCCUCUGGGCCUCCCGUGCAGGGAGCCGCCGCCGCCGCAUCCUCAUCAUCUUCCAGCUCUGGACCUCCUGGUCCACCCGCUUCAGUUCCUCUACCUCCACCUCCCACUCUGCCUCCCACUCUCUCUGUGUCUACAUCCUUCACGCCUCUGCCCAGCUCGGUGGGCGCAGCACUUGAGCUCCAGCUUCACAGCGAGAAAACCAAGGUGGCCGAGCUCGGCCGCAGGUGCACGGAACUGGAAGUCAAAGCUGGCACGUUUGAAAAUGUGGUGUGUGUCCUGAACAGAGAGGUGGAGAGGUUCGCCACCACCAUGGAAGCCAGCAACCGUCAGCAUAAACUGGACCAGGAUAAGAUCGAGGCUCUGAGCAAUAAGGUGCGACAGCUGGAGCGGACUGUGGGGCUGAAGGACCUGACGGUCGCAGAGAUGGAGGGACGGCUGAGAGAAAUGUCCGCCACCACAUUUGACGGCGUCUUUAUCUGGAGGAUCUCAGAUUUUGCCAAAAAGAGACAAGAUGCCAUCGCAGGCCGAGCCCCCGCCAUGUUCUCGCCAGCCUUCUAUACCAGCAAGUAUGGCUAUAAGAUGUGCCUACGGAUCUAUCUGAAUGGAGAUGGGACAGGGCGUGGCAGCCACUUGUCCUUGUUCUUUGUGGUGAUGAGGGGGCUGAGUGAUGCCCUGCUUAAAUGGCCCUUCAACCAGAAGGUUACGCUGAUGCUGCUGGACCAGAGCAACAGAGAGCACAUCAUCGACGCCUUUCGACCUGAUGUCACUUCCUCCUCCUUCCAGAGACCCGUGAGCGAGAUGAACAUCGCCAGCGGCUGUCCACUCUUCUGCCCGCUCUCUAAGCUCGAUGGCAAGAACACUUACAUUCGUGACGACACCAUCUUCAUCAAGGCGAUUGUGGACCUCACCGGCCUCUAGACGACCUCCACGGGGUGUUACAGUUUGGCAACCAGGCAGCUCUUUGACCAUUAAAGGCUUCAUUUUGGCUCAGUCGCGGUCCCUUUCAGGGCUCCGUUCGGGCACCUUGCUGUCCCCCGCAGCUUUGGGGAGACAGACAUGCUUGCGACAGUCUGCUGCAUGUAGCUGCUCAGACCAGACGAUGCAGGCAUUCUUAUACCUUGGUGGUCUCUGUGUGAGAACCCUCCCCUCCGUCAUUGCUGUACAUUUGGGUGCAAAACUUACUUUCCCGACAUCACAGCAUCACCAUCCACGGUGAUAAAGUGCCGUUUCAGUUCUGCACACGAGUUUUCAGUUAGAGGAAGCAGGCAGCAGUGUGACGUAGUCAGAGCGGUGUUGAGCAGAAGCAGAGGGGAGUGAAAAGGUAGAACUGCGUCUUUGUUUUUCGUCCCCUGCUUUCGAAGGCUGGGGGAUGUUGCAGAACAUGCAGAGUGUGUUAGAGCAGGGCUGUAGAUGUGUUUUAUGUGAUCACUCUGGUAAAGCUGGCAGUAGAAUUAUAAUAGAGUUAGAGCGUGGCUUGAUGCAGAUUUUGCUUCCUUUUAAAGAUUGUGGAUAUUGUGAGCUUCUCAGUUCCAGUGUGGAGUAAAUUUGCAUAGACAAACGUGGAGUUAUGUUAUGAAUAAGAUUACAGGCAUUUCUUUUUAUUUCUUCAUUUCUUUUAAACAAAAUGCAUGCUGCUGGAGUUUUAAGUAUAAAGUAUAAAAAUGCUCUUUUUUUUGGAAGGGGGGGGGGUUGUUUUGGGGGUUUUUUCAACUGAGCUUCACAAAGUUUCAUCAUUUGAUAUUAAACUUGUUAGUGAUUUAUCCAUCUGUGAUGGUGGACAUUGCCUGCAUGUCUAUGAAGCCAGGCUAUUUACAUGUAAAGUCAGUGUUGCGUAUUUGUUCCUAAUAAGGGGGUCGGUGGUUCUGAUUGGUGGUUUGGUACAUCUGUGGAAGAUACAGUGGAGUUACCAAGGAGUCAGGGCAGCUUGCCAGUCAAGCCUGAGGCGUAAAACUUACAUGUGGUUUUGUCUCUGACAAACAUACAUCGCUGGAGUUUUUCCCAAGGAUAUGCUCACUAGCUCACAUCUCAACACAUAGUACCGUGCCCCACCACAGACUGAGGUCAACGCAGAUUCCACGAAAUGAAGGAAUAGUAUGUUCCUUGUUUUCUGUCCAUACAGUAUACAGUGCGUAUGUGUUUCUGCUGCUAUAUGAUAGAAUACUCAUGUGAAUGUCGGUGCAAAUAUAAAUGAGCUACGUGUGUGGAGGUAGAGAGGAUGGAAACAAGAGAUUGUAUUGUUGUCGGUCUCAGGCCAAUGUUGACUUUAUUUAUUGCAGAUCGAUGUUCAGCGCAGCCCCCGAAUUUUUCGUUUUCCCUUUCCGUGCUCUUUCACCAAUUUUCACCACAGCACCACACAUCGAACAAAAACUCUGGUUAAACUGAGAUGUACUUUUUCCGCGUGCCGUCACUUUGGCACGCAUCCUGAGGUUUUAAGGUUCACGCUGGCCUGUUUGGAAACCAGUCUCGACCUGUAUUGAAACCUCUCUGUGCAUGGGAGGCUUCGAUUCAUAUUCACUAUGGAGUUUCACAGCGGCUUUCCUCGUGGGCCACGUGUGAACGCAUUUAUUUGUAUUCGUUUGGAUGAAAAUACGUAGAAUAGUUAUUAUGUUAUAUCUGGCGCCGCUUCCGUUCAACAGAAGCAGCUGCCUAUAUUCAUAGCAAUGUAUAAAUAUGUAUCUUUCAUAUCAUAAUGUUGAAAUAAUCUAUAUAUCAAUGUUAAUAUACACAAGAGGUUAUAAUAAACAUAGUAUUACUGAAUACCUUAUUAAUUCUAUAUCUAUAUACCAACUUUUUGUUUGAUGGUUUGAACAGGCCAGGACAACCCCUUUGUGACUUGUGAUUCUUUCUAGAGUGCAAUAUAUGAUCAUGUCUGUUAGGGUUUACAGAGGUCACGCUCGACUCAUUUGUUUACAUUACCCAUUCUGGCGCCGAAGAACCGCAACCCAAUUCUCCGAGGAAAUAUGGUGCUUUCCUUGUCAUAAAUCAUAUGCUAUUUUAUCAGUAACAUGAAAAUCACAAGUCAGUAGCUAUCCGUGCAGCUUACUGGCUCUGUGGGCUUUUAGAAGAUCAUUUUAAUGUUAAGGAAUUCUUGUUCCAUACAGUGAGUGAGUUUAUACUCUUAUCUUAGGAACCUUUCAGUGAAGACUGAGCUUGUAAUAAAAUAGGAUUACAUGGACUUUUUAAAGUGUUCUCGUAAUGUGCCAAACUCAAAUAUUACCUCCAUGUAUGAACACUGUUGUACUGCAAGUUGAAUUUUAUGUUCUAUGCUAAAAUAUGGUGCCAAAUAUGUUUCUAUUUAAUUUUCUAUGAAGAUGCGUGUGUGAGAUUUUAAUAUGAGGCGUCAUUACUUCUGUAAGCACCAGAGGAGCUGAUUAAUACUGUCCCAUUUAAACUGUCCUCAGAUGAGGUUUCUGAAUGUAAGCUUUAAUUAAGUUGGUUUUCCUUUUCAAAAAACACAACAGCCGUUCUGUCUUGUGAUGCAGUUGACUUGAACCAACUUUUUUUGUGCACUUUCUAUCCUUUGUUUGUCCAGACAGGGUAUUUUGUUGAGCGAUUUAUGUACCUUGAAAUCAGAGCCAUAUGUAUUCUGAUGUUGAUAAUUGAUGUAUUAUGCUGAAAAAAGGACAUGCAGUAUGUAAUAAAGUGUGGUGGUUUCA